AUGGAAGAAAUUGCUGCUAUUCCUAUUAAACAAAUUGAAUCUAUUCAUGAAGCAGAAAAAAAGGAUGAUAAAAAGAAAAAGAAGAAGGAAAAGCAACCUUCGGUGGCAAUUUUUAAAUUAUUCCGAUUUGCCACAAAGAUCGAGUUACUCAUGAUCCUUUGCGCUGCCAUUUUCUCGGCAGGUAUUGGUGCUCUUCAACCUGUUUCAAUUAUUAUCUUUGGUAAAUUUAUGGGUACUAUCGGUGUCUCUAUGAUGACUGGUGAUUUUGAACAACUCGCUAAAGACGCACAACCCUUGAUUUUGACAUUUGUGUAUAUGGGUACAGCUGUACUGGUAGCUGCUUAUAUUACAAAUUGCUUUUGGAUCUUGACAGGCGAGAAUCAAGUUCGUCGUAUUCGUAGUCUUUAUGUCCAUGCUAUUUUGCGUCAGGAUAUGAGUUGGUUUGAUAAAGCUGAAGAAGGUUCCUUAACAACACGUUUAGCUACUGAUACACAAUUGAUUCAAGAUGGUAUCUCUGAGAAGUUUGGUCUACUUGUGAUGUGUAUUGGUCAAUUCAUUGCUGGUUUUGUUGUUGCUUUCAUAAAGGGCUGGAGACUUGCUGUUAUUAUUCUUGCUACACUUCCUGUAUUAGGUGGUGUAGGUGGUGCCAUGGGUUAUUUCAUUACCAAAUAUACCUUGAAAGCACAAGAUUCUUAUGCUGAUGCUGGUUCUGUGGCUGAACAAGUCUUUGCUGGUAUUCGAACUGUCUAUUCCUUCUCUCUUCAAAAACGUUUUGCUACCCUUUAUGAGGAAAAAUUGCAAAAGGCUAUGAAAACUGGUAUUAGACGUGGACAAGUUUUGGGUUUCGGUUUUGGUAGUUUUAUGUUUGUUCUCUUUGCUACCUAUGGUCUUUCCUUCUGGUAUGGUGCCAAAUUGACCCGUGAAAAGUUAAUGUCGGGUGAAGAUGUCUUGGUUGUCUUUUUCGCUAUGAUCAUGGGUGCUAUUGCCUUUUUACAAUUGCCUCCUAAUCUUUCUGCCGUCUCUAGUGCUUGUGGUGCUGCUUAUAAGAUUUAUACUACUAUUGAUCGUGUCCCUUCCAUUGAUGUCGAUAAUAACAAUGGUUUACACCCUGAGAGAAUCGUCGGUGAAAUUGAAUUCAAGGAUGUAAAGUUUAGUUAUCCUACACGUCCUGAUAUCACUAUUUUGAAAAAUUUAAAUCUUAAGAUCAAGCCUGGCAUGACUGUUGCAUUUGUUGGCCCUUCGGGCUCUGGUAAAUCUACUUCCGUUCAAUUGCUUCAACGUUUCUAUGAUCCCUCAAAAGGUAGUGUCAUCCUUGAUGGUCAUGAUCUUAAGGAUUACAAUGUUGCUUGGUUACGUAGUCAAAUUGGUGUAGUCUCUCAGGAACCCGUUUUGUUUAAUAUGACUAUCAAACAAAAUUUGUUGAUGGGUGUCGUUAAAGAAAUAACAAAUGACGAUAUUGUUGCUGCUUGUAAAAAGGCAAACUGUCACUCUUUUAUUUCUCAACUUCCUGAUGGUUAUGAAACAAUUGUUGGUGAACAUGGUGGUAUGCUUUCAGGUGGUCAAAAACAACGUAUUGCUAUUGCACGUGCUAUUCUUAAGAAUCCAUCUAUUCUUUUAUUAGAUGAGGCUACUUCUGCUUUAGAUACUCAAUCAGAAAGAUUGGUUCAAUCUGCCUUGGAUGCUGCUGCUGCUGAUCGUACUACAAUUGUGAUUGCUCACCGUCUUUCUACUAUCCGUAAUGCUGAUCUAAUUGUUGUCAUGCAGGCUGGUGACUUGAUUGAACAAGGUAAUCACAAUGAACUCUUGGCUCUGAAUGGUGUUUAUGCUGAAUUGGUCCGAAAGCAAGAAAUUGCAACUAAACAAAACGAUGAUGAGCCUGAUUCUGAAGAAUUGUUAAGACGUGAACAAAUGGAAAUCUUGGCUGAACAACAUCGUACUGAAGAAAGUGAAGUUAAUGAAAAGGAAACCACUGUUCAUUUAUUCAAAACUACUAGUCGUGCCUCUGUAGACGCUUAUGAAUUAAAGCUUCGUAAAGAGCGUGAGGAACGUAAGGUAGCCAUGAAACAAAAAGUUCCUAUCAAGAAGGUUUUAGAUCAAAUGCGUUCUGAAUGGUAUCUUCUUGGUAUAGGUAUCGUUGGUGCUGCCAUUGCUGGUGCUGUCUUCCCUUGCUUUUCUUUAAUUUUUGCUCAAGUCAUUUCGCAACUUAUUGACCCUUCUGAUGUAGUUCCUGGUCCUAUGUCAGGCACUAAUCUCUAUUCGUUUUUGUUUGUCAUUAUUGGUGUUGGUGCCUUUAUCGGGUUUACUACCCAAGUUAUUUCCUUUGAAAUAGCAGGUGAACGCUAUACGAAACGUCUUCGUGCUGCUAUUUUCCGUGCUUAUAUGAAACAAGAAAUUGGCUUCUUUGAUGAUGAAGAUAAUUCACUUGGUGCUCUGACAUCAAAGCUUGCUAUUGAUUCUAAAAAUGUCAAUGAAUUAGUGACGAAGACUUGGGGUGAUAUUACCCAAAUUAUUGUUACUGCUAUCACUGGUUUAGCUAUUGCCUUCUCUCAAAGUUGGAUGUUGACCUUAAUUAUUCUUUGUAUGGCACCUUUCAUUAUGUUUGCCACUGGUUAUGAAUCCAAAAUCCAUCGUGGUUUUGAAGAUAAUACCAAGAAGGCCAAUGAACAAUCAGGUGAAGUCGCUGGUGAAGCAAUUAAAGAAAUCCGUACUGUAGCUGGUCUUAACAAGCAAAACCAUUUUGAGCGCAAGUAUUUCCAAGCUACUGAUCGCCCUCAUAAACUUGCACAACGUAAGGCUUAUAUGUCCUCCAUCGGUUAUGCUCUCCAACAAGGUAUUACUCUUUAUACAAAUGCAGUUGCCUUUUAUGCUGGUAUCCAACUUAUGUGGCAUCAUAAACUUCCCUUUGAUAAAAUGUUUACCUGUAUGAUGUCCAUCAUGAUUACCGCUCAAGGUGUCGGCCGUGCUUCCGUCUUUACUACUACCUUUGCUAAAGCCAAAUACUCUGCUAUCGCCGCUUUUGAAAUCCUUGAACGUGAACCAUCGAUUGACCCUGACCUUGAAGGUAUUGAACCUACACGUAAUCAAGUUCAUGGUGAAAUUGAUUUCGAAAACAUCACUUUCCGUUAUCCUGCACGUCCUGAUAUCUCUAUCUUUAAUGGUGAAUUCAACCUGCAUGGUAAAGCUGGUCAAACUAUCGCUCUUGUUGGACCCUCCGGUUGUGGUAAAUCAACAACGAUUGGUAUGCUUCAAAGAUGGUAUGAUCCUGUUAGUGGUACUGUUCGUAUGGACGAUAAUAACGUUAAGAAUUUCACAUUAAGCAAUCUCCGUAGUCAUAUGGCACUUGUCGGUCAAGAACCUGUCUUGUUUGAUACAACCAUUGGUGAAAAUAUUCGAUUUGGUGUUGAUGAUGGCAAGGAAGUAACGCAAGAGGAUGUUGAAUCAGCUUGUAAAGCAGCCAAUAUUCACAUGUUCAUUACUAGUCUUCCCAAAGGAUAUGAUACACGUGUUGGUGAUAAAGGAUCUCAAUUAUCGGGUGGUCAAAAGCAGCGUAUUGCUAUCGCACGUGCCUUGAUUCGUAAACCUAAAUUAUUGUUACUAGAUGAAGCCACAUCAGCUCUUGAUAGUGAAAGUGAAAAACUUGUUCAAGCUGCUAUUGAUAAUAUUUUAGAAGAAGGCGGACGUACGACGAUUACAAUUGCACAUCGUCUUUCUACUAUUCAAAAUGCGGAUCUUAUUUGUGUCGUUAAAGGAGGUCGUAUUAUUGAACAAGGCACUCAUUGGGAACUUCUGAAGUUAAAUGGCACUUAUAGUGAAUUAGUGUAUCAGCAAUCCCUUAACUCACUCUAA